AUCGUCGUUAGAGCCUGUUGUCUUCAGCCACGUGAAAAUUAAUCUGUCUUCGAUUAUUUUAUUGGUUUGUCACCAGAAGACAGGAAUUCUUAACACGCUAACCGUUAGCAGUGAGAAGAAGUCCGGACAGCGUCAUUGAGGCCUUGACUACUACAGAAGCCACACUUGCAUUUGACCUCAAGGAAUACAUCAAGUCAAAAAAUGCACCCAUUCAGUGAAGCUCCUCCUACAACAAUCCACCAAUAAAUGCUGGAGUCAAACACACAGAGAAAUCACUCCAUGUGUGACAACUGAAAUCUUCAUGACAUAAUGUUGAUGCUGGUGAAAGAGGAGCUUGAGAAGAUGACAGAUCCACAACCAUGCAGAAUAAAGGAUGAAGAUACUGAGGAACAAAUAGAUAUGAUGGAAGUGAAAGAGGAGAGUCAAGCUGAAGUAGAUGAGAAACAUCAGAUUGUAAAAAUAAAUCAUAAUGUUUCACAGAAAGAAACUCUGAAGACAGAAGACAUAAAGUGUGAAAAUAGUUUCAGUGAAGAUGAACGCCCUGCAGAUCACAAGAGGACUCACAGUAAGAAGAAACCUUUAACAUGUCAACAAUGUGGAAAGAGUUUUAGAAGAAAAGAUAACCUUAACAAACAUGUGAGGGUUCACAACGGAGAGAAACCUUACACAUGUCAACAGUGUGGAAAGAGUUUCGGAACAAAAUGGCACCUUAAAGAACACAUGAGGACUCACAGCGAGGAGAAGCCUUUUACAUGUCAACAGUGUGGAAAGAGUUACACCAUUAAAUCGAACCUUAACCACCACAUGAAAACUCACAGUGAGGAGAAACCUUUCACAUGUCAACAGUGUGGAAAGAGUUUCAGAACAAAAGAUAACCUUAAAUCACACAUGAUGAUUCACACUGGAGAAAAACCUUACACAUGUCAACAGUGUGGAAAGAGUUUUAGAACAAAAGCUCACCUUAAAUCACACAUGAUAGUUCACACUGGAGAGAAACCUUUAACAUGUCAACAGUGUGGAAAGAGUUUCAGAACAAAAGCUCACCUUAAAGCACACAUGAUGAUUCACACUGGAGAGAAACCACACGCAUGCCAUCAGUGUGAAAAGAGUUUUAAAACUGCAGGUUACCUUAAGAAACAUUUGAGGAUUCACACCGGAGAGAAACCUUACACUUGUCAUCUGUGUGAAAAGCGUUUCAGAACAAAACCUAACCUUAAAGCACACAUGGAGAAUCACACCAUAGAGAAACCACAUCCAUGCCAUCACUGUGAAAAGACUUUUAUAACUGCAUGUAAACUUAAGAAACAUUUGAGAUAUCACAACGGAGAGAAACCUUACACUUGUCAACAGUGUGGAAAUAGUUUCUCUGCUGAAAGUAACCUUAAGAUACAUGAAAGAAUUCACACUGGAGAGAAACCUUACACAUGCCAUGAAUGUGAGAAAUGUUUCAUAAGUAAAAGUAACCUUACAAAACACAUGAAAAUUCACAAAGGAGAGAAACCUCACGCAUGUCUUCAGUGUGAAAAGAGUUUCAAAGAUAAACGUGGACUUGAGAUUCACAUGAGAAAUCACACUGGAGAGAAACCUUACACUUGUCAACAGUGUGGAAAGAGUUUUUCUAUUGAAAGUAACCUUAAGAUACAUGAAAGAAUUCACACUGGAGAGAAACCUUACAGAUGCCAAGAGUGUGAAAAAUGUUUCAGAAGCAAAAGUAACCUGAUAACACACAUGAAAUUUCACAAAGGAGAGAAAUCUGACGCAUGUCCUCAGUGUGGAAAGUGUUUCAGUACGAAGGGUUACCUUAAGAGACACAUGAUGAUUCACAGCGAAAAGAAACCUCACGCAUGUCUUCAGUGUGAAAAUAGUUAUAAAAGUGAAUACACUUUUAAGAAACACCUGACAGUUCACACAGGAGAGAAACCGCUCACUUGUCAUCACUGUGGAAAGAGCUUUAUAGUGAAAUGUGACCUUAAUGCACAUGUGAGAUUUCACAGCGGAGAGGGGUACGUUUGUCAACAGUGUGGAAAGAGUUUCAGCACAAAAGCAAACCUUAAAAAACACAUGAAAAUCCACACUCAAUAGAAACCAUUCAUGUGUCAACAGUGUGGAUAUGGCAACAAUGUUUAGAAAUCAGCUGAGGUCUUAUUAAUAAAACUGUGCAAAGGAUCCUUACUAAAAGUCUACAUGCGCACCAAAGCCAAAAAUGGUGUAGGGCAAAAAAGAUUCAGGCCGUUUCUCAAUCUGCGUUCUUGUCUGUUCUUGUGUUCUUGUGAAACAUCAUCAGUCGUGGCCCAAGUACUGUUCCAGUUCCAUGAACACAUCAAGUCAAGUUCACAUAACAUCUCAGGAUGUGUUCUUGAUCCGCUCAUUUUAUUGAGGAUAAAUCAGAAGGUGACUUGUGUGGACUUAUGAUAGACAAAUCUCCCAGAAUGCGUUUCACAUCAACGUUAAAUCACACAUAUUUUCUAUAAAAUCUUAACACUGAAUCACUGCCUUUGUACUUUAACUAGAUUUUUAUUGUGUUUAUCUUCAAAACACUAUGGGUGACGUCACGGAUAUCUUUUUUACAGUCUAUGGUACAUAUGCUGAUUAGCUAAGCACAGAGGCAAUUUUGGGGAUUUCCGCCUGGAUUUGGCCUACCCAAUUUCAAAAGCUUUCCAUAGCCAUUUACAUUACAUUUAGUCAUUUAGCAGACGCUUUUGUCCAAAGCGACUUACAAAUGAGGUAAACAAUAGAAGCAAUUGUAGCAACACAAGAACAUGAAGAAGAUCAUGUCCAACACAGUAUACAUAGCCAUGGGUUAGUGUUUUUGUAAGAAUGUAUAGAUAGAGAUCAAGAAUAAAAGGAAAACCCUGCUGAAAAAAUAGCAAGACCUGCAUAUGUUGUGUUUUGGUGCUGGUUUGCUAGGGAACACCAGCUAAACCAGCAUCAAACCAGCAUCUCUCAGCACCAGCUAAACCAGCACCAAACCAGCAUUAGCACCAGCAUCCCAUGCUGGUCAUACCAGCAUAUGUUGUGUUUUGGUGCUGGUAUGCUGGUGACCACCAGCAUAAUUCCCAUGCUGGUGUGAUGUUGUUGUUUUUUUCAGCAGGGAAGAAAAGAGAGUAAGUCUUAUAUUACGAGGUGAGGUAAUGGCGGAAGAGAUGGAUAAAGACAGGUAAAGAGUCAACAGAUUGUGUCUGGCAGAUCAUUCCACGGUUGUGGAACAGCUCCAGAGAAGGUACGCUAAUUAAUGUUUUUUCCCCUUUUUGAGUUGGCACCACAACACGUCGUUCGGUGACAGAGAGCAGGGAUCGAGAGGGUAUGUAGGGCUGUAUAAGCAAGAAAAAGUAAAGGGGUGCUGACCCAGUGGUGGUUUUAAAGGCCAGGAGCAGAGCUUUAAAUUUGAUGCGAGCUGCUAUAGGGAGCCAGUGUAACUUGACAAAGAGAGGAGUGACGUGUGUCCUCUUAGGCUCAUUGAAGAACACUCUUGCAGCUGCAUUCUGAAUCAUCUGUAGGGGUUUGGUUGUGCAGGCUGGAAGUCCAGCCAGUAGUGCAUUGCAGUAGUCCAGACUGAACAGGACAAGAGCUUGGACUAGGACAUGUGUGGCAUGCUCAUCUAGAAAAGGUCUAAUUUUCCUAAUAUUGUAGAGAAUGAAUCUAUAAUAGCGGGAGGUGCUGGCAACAUGGGCCAUAAAGCUAAGCUGAUCAUCAAUGACCACUCCCAGGUUUUUUGCCGUCUUGGAAGGCGUGAUGGUCGAGGAACCUAGCUGAAUGGAGAGGUUGUGCUGAAUCUUUGGUUCAGAAGAUAUUUUUUUGUUUAUUUGAAAAGGAUCCCCAUUAGCUGACGCCGAAAUGACAGCUAGUCUUCCUGGGGUCCAAUCAAUACAUACAACAUCAUUACAAUCACAAUUACUUCCAAUAUAUCAUGAUAAUAAAUAUUAAAAAACAACAUAACACACAAUCAAACCCUACUCAACCAAUCCAAAAAAUAUUAUGAUGAUGAAGACAAAUACACUCUUAGGGGCCAGCCACCAAAAGCGUUUAUGCAGUUGCAGGCGUCUUUUUUGAAUGAUAUUCUAUGGGCAGGGCGCGUUUGCACGCUGUUUAUGCGCCGCGAGCGCCUUGAGGUUUUUACCGCCUGCUGCGCACGCGUUUUUGAAGGAGCGCGGAGAAGCACCCGACGUCAUUCGCGUCUUUCCAUUGUCCAAUCGAAUGAGGGGAGAGGCGGGCCUUACGUUAUGGUGAGGGAAGUUUACAGUUGCUUUGAAGAACCGGACUCCACUCGCUCACUCUCUCCUGCGUGUUUGUGCACCUCUCACCCUCAAACAAGGUCAGAGCAAGCACCCUCUUUUUAAAAUUUCUGCUAAUAUGACAGUUAACGGCAAAAGAGCGCUCACGCCACAGCUGACUCGGUGGUUGCUUGGCAAUAUGAAAAGCCGCAUCGCACUGCUCUUUUUUUUUUUAAAGGCAGUGCGUCACGCCUUGCGUUUGCAAGCGUUUAACGUGCUUUUGGUGUGACUGGCCCCUUAGUCUUUUUUUAAAACCAGUUUUUCCCUUCCAAUAGGAAGAUUAUUCCAUAACACAAUUGACCUAUACAACACAGUUCUCUUCAUAGAAUCAGAUUUAGGUAGGGGUAAAAAAAUCUGUCUACUAUUAGCCCCUCGUGUAUAAUGUAAAUGCAUAUCAGAAGUGUAUAUUAUUUUGUCAUAAAGAAAUUUAGGAGUCUGGGUGUUAAUGAUUCUAUGAAAGUAUACCAACAUAUUAACAGAUAGUCUCUGCUUGACCAUCAGCCAAGCAAGACGUUCAUGCUUCUCUACUACACUAGUUCUCAAAGAACACCUUAGAACAUGCCUUGCAGCCUUGUUUUGAGCCACUUGUAAUUGUUUUAAAUGACUGCUAGAUGCAGCAGACAGAUAUGACAAGCAGUUCUGUCUUUGCAAGGUUAAGCUUAAGCUAGAGAUUGUGAUCCUUCAUCCAGAUAGACAUGUCCCUCAGGCAUGCUGAGAUGCGGGCAGAAACCGUGGUGUCAUCAGGGUGGAACAACAAGUAAAGUUGAUUGUCAUCCACAUAGCAGUGGUAGGAAAAGCCAUGUUUUCAAAUGACAGAACCCAGGGAUGUCAUGUAUAUCAAAAAUAGCAGUGGUCCAAGCACGGAGCAUUGAGGAACCCCGGUAUCGAGAUGUUGGGUUUUGGAGAUGUCACCUCUCCAGGGUACCCUGAAUGACCUGCCUGAGAGGUACGACUUGAAUGAUAGUAGCGCUGUGUCAGAGACACCCAUAAACAUGAGGGUCGACAGGAGGAUGUGGUGAUUGACCGUGUCAAAAGUGGCGGAUAGAUGCAGUAAGAUCAGCACAGGUGAUUUGGAGGCUGCCCUUGCCCGCCUUAGGGCUUCAAUGACUAAGAGCAGGGCGGUCUCAGUGGAGUGACCACUUUUGAAACCAGACUGAUUGCUAUCCAGGAGGUUAUUUUGUGUGAAGAAAGAGGAGAGCUGGUCAAACACCACGCGUUCAAGAAGAGAAACGGGUAUGUAGUUCUCUAGCACAGCAGGAUUGAGUGUGGGUUUCUUCAGCAGCGGGGUUAUCCCAGCCUCUUUAAAUGGGUGGGUAUGGGAUCUAGCGGGCAGGUAGUCGGUUGGCUAAAAGCAAAGAACUUGGAAACAUCCGCUUCAGAUAGGAGAGAGAAGGAGGGGAGCGAGCAUGUCUCAGAGGUUUUGAUUGAUUUAAGUUGUACAUACAAAAGUUUGGUAUUUUUUUACAGGAAACCCUUUGAAAUUUCAAAACAUUGUUUGAAGUGCUAAACAUGGUUUUAUGUGUUGUCAGUCCUCUUCUAAACACAAAAAUAAAAAGGUACUUUUUGAUGUUUUUUUUCUAAAGUCUGUAUUUUAAAGUGUAUAACUCUGGCCCUGAGUGGUAAUGAAACCUACAAACAGUUUUGUUUGAUUCCAGCAAUUGAAUCAAUUUUUUUUUCUCUAUGUAAACGUUAUUCUAUUCCAACUGAAGGGAGGAAUAAUACCCUUUUUGUAUUCGAUUUCCACCUAAAAAUAUUUGAAGUGUCCCCAUAACCACAUAGAGUGGAAUAAAUGCAAAAUCUUUAUAUCAUUUUACAGAAAACCCUUUGAAGUUACAUUAAAUGCUGCUGUUUGUUACAAA